ACGAUCGUGAAAAAGACCAGACGGUAAGAGUUGCGGCUUUGAAAGCUUGCUUCUUUUCAUUUUGUAUUUUCUUUUAAUUGACUUCAAGUAGUACCGACAUAACAACUGUUAAUAUGAUCCAGAAUGUCUUCUGGAAACAGGAAGAGUAUGAAAUCAAGAAAAUGUAAAUGUAGUUUUACAAAGUCAGCUUAUGAUGAUGCACUGAAUGUUUGUUUGCUAUGGGUCACAGUCGUUUGAUGCCAAACGCCGGCUCUUGUGGGGAAGAUUUUGACUGGAAUUCUCUUUGAGAGUCGGUGGAAGUCAUGACGGAGUUAUGGUUGGUUUCCGUCCCUCUGGACAAGACCAGUUUAACCAAUGUGGACAAACUCAAGCGCAUCCUUGCCAAAAACAACCGGGCCUCAUGCUUCAAGUUCUCUAUUCCAGAUCUCAAGGUGGGAAUACUGGACAGUCUGUUCAGCGUGUCAGAUGACCUCUCCAAGCUCGACGCACUGACUGAAAAUGUGAUUAAAAAAACCCUUCAGUGUAUGAAGGAGGUGAUGGAGCACACUGCUGACAAAGUGCAGGAAAGCACCUUAGCCAAUGGAGUCGACCUGAUGAGCUACGUGACAGGGUUUCAGUGGGACAAAGCCAAGUAUCCCACAGCUCUGCCUCUGUGCAGCCUGACAGAAAUCAUCAACAAGGAGGUGUCCCAGAUGGAGGAGGAGUUAAAAUCUCAUGCGGCGGCGUACAAUAUUGUUAAAACCACCCUGGAGCGCAGACUGAAGGGGGAUUUGCAAAGUCGCAGUCUGAAUGACAUAGUGAAGAGGGAAGAUCUGGUGGUUUCAGAGUACCUCACAACUCUACUGGUCGUGGUGAGCAGAAGGAGAUUCCUGCAGUGGGAGAGGACCUAUGAGUCUUUCUCGGAGUUUGUGGUUCCACGGUCCAGCAGGAAGCUUCACCAGGACGGAGAGGGAGGCAUUUUCUCCGUCAUACUGUUCAAAAGGUCCGUGUGUGAAUUCAAAGUCAAAGCCCAGGAGAGCAACUUCAACGUGCAUGAGUACAGCUUUGAUGUGGAGGCGAAGGAGCAGCAGGAGACGAUGCAGCACAUCGUCCACAAGAAGGAGCAAUACGGAAUCUUUGUUCAUUGGCUGAAGGUGAAUUUCAGCGGGGUGUUUCUUGCAUGGAUUCACUUGAAAGCACUGAGGGUGUUUGUGGAAUCAGUCCUCAGGUAUGGAAUACCCGUGAGCUACCAAGCUCUUGUGCUGCACACCGACAAGAAGCGUUCGAAAAAGCUGAAAGAGGAACUCGCCUCACUGUUUAUACACCUGGAGCCCACUGCUUCCACCAGCAAGGCACAUGCAAGCUGUGACAUCCCAGAACUCUGUCAGCAUGAAUACUUCUCCUACAUAUGCUACCAUAUCAACACAAAUCUGCUGGAGAUCAGCUAGCAGUCCUCAAAGAAACAACACAAUGAUCAAAGAAUGAGGGCUGGGUGAUGCAGUCGGAGGCAGCAACAGAAAGACAUAAAACACAUCCAAUAAGCAUCCUCAAUAUCUUGGUCUCGUGAGCCAGAAACAGCUAUGGAGCUUCCCUUGGACAACAGGGUACAUCUAAAUCUAAAUCUUGUCUGAUAAGCAGCGGACGGAUUUGGGUCCUCUUCACCGCAUUAUCACUUUUCCUUUGAUAUUUAAUUUAAUGAUUUUAAGUGUAAUGCCAAUGGUCAAAGCAGAACUAAGGUAUUUUACUUAAGUAAAAGUAAAUUGUAAAAACAAUAUUACAAUGCAAAAUCUCAAAUUCCAAGUGACGGCACUGCAAUAAAAUCCUUACGAUUGACAUUAAAUCAGACUCCAAUUGGGCUAAUUUUUUCAAUACGCUCAUUCAAUGUAAUUUUUGUUAUUAGUUGUGGGGUUACCACCAGUAACAAUGAGCGUAACCAAUUCAACCGCACAGGAAAUUAUAAGGAAUAUAACUUCAAAACCUGUUCGUAAAAAUGUAUACGAAAAUCUUGAAGAUCGU